AAUAGAAUGGCGUUAACGUUCUUGUUUAUUUGAUUCGAUUUAUCUUAUUUUACAAUGAAAUUCCUUUCGUAAAUCAAACUAUAGCUUUAGUUUUUACAAAGUGAAGUGUUUUUGUGUAAAUUAAUGUUUUUGGUGCCGCAAAAUUCGUGUAACGAGGCGUUUCCAUGGGCGUUAACUUCAGGCAUCUGAAAUCCAAGACUGAAAAAUGAAUCUCGACUUUAUUUGUAUAAGUUUAUUGAUAUUACAAUGUACGGCGCAAGACUACAACCCCACGUACAAUCCUGACGUGAACCAGCCCAACCCAACAAUAUCAAAUGACUACCUAAGUGGUCAGAAUGACCCUAGAUAUGACAACCCAUAUGACCCGAACAGAAGGUACCAAAAUAGGAACCAGUACAAUAAUAAUCAGAACGUGUAUGAUCCAAAUCAGAGGUAUGACAAUAAGAAUGAUCCUAACCAAAGGUACGACACUAGAAAUGAUCCAGCGUACACUAAUCAGAACACAUUCAGCCAGGAUAAUACUCCUAGACCUUCUUGGGACACGGGCAGGACUUACAGCACCUCAUAUAAAAGUCCUCCCUUGGAACAGGACAGUGUCAUCAUCAAUGAAGCGACAUACUUCAUAGUAGCAUCUCGAAUGGUCAGGCCUGGCCAGAUCUACAAGAUCUCCGCCAACAUUCUGCAGGCACGCUUGCAGAUGACGGUCCGUGCAUCCAUCGCCAGAGACGGAGUGGAGAUUGCUGACGUAAUCCAGAGGGUCAAAGAGGGUGUGCCGGAAAUAUUGAAUAUGAGAAUCCCAGCUACUUCAGUACCAGGAGACUAUAAAUUGAGAGUGGAAGGCUUAUACCUGGAUAAUCCGUUUGGUGGCAGAGCCUUUGUGAAUGAGACCCAGCUUAUGUUCUCAAGGCGGUUCAUGACCAUUUUCAUUCAGAUGGACAAACCAGUCUAUAUGCAGGGACAAACAGUCCGAUUCCGCGCCAUACCCAUAAACACAGAGUUGAAAGCUUUCGGCCGAGCCAUCGACGUUUAUAUUCUAGACCCCAAUGGGCACAUUAUGAAAAGAUGGCUUUCUAGACAGAGUAACUUCGGUACAGUCAGUCUGCAGUACCAGUUGUCGGACCAGCCUCUCUUCGGCAUGUGGACCAUCAAGGUGGAAGCGUUGGGACAAACGGAAGAAACACAGUUCCUAGUGGAAGAGUACUAUCAGACGCGCUAUGAGGUAAACGUAACAAUGCCAGCGUUCUUCUUCAACACGGACCCGUUCAUCCACGGGCGUAUCAUGGCCAACUACACGUCGGGCGCGCCCGUCCGCGGCAACCUCACGCUGAAGGCCACGGUGCGGCCCAUCCCGCGCUACCGGCCGCGCUACUACGACCGCGGCCAGUUCAACAACCGCGGCCAGUUCGGCCCGCCGCUGGGCCUGGGCUCCUCCUACACUAGAGUCCGUCCAAACUACAACCCGUACCUGUACAACGAGUCGGGCUACCAGCCGUACGACUACUACGGGCCGAUGGACGAGUACGGACGCGCGGUCGAGCGCCGCGUGCUGCCCGGCCAGCCCAACCAGAUCGACCAGCCAGAUUGGGUCUACGACCUGCAGCAGGUCAAGACGAGGAUGUUCAACUUCGAUGAAAAAUACCCAUUCUGGAUGACAAAACCAGACCCACUGCAGUACAUCAACCAGAACAACCCGGACUACAAUAACUAUCAGACCAGCACUUCAUCGUACAGCGGAUACUACAACACACCUUAUGAUCAGCUGCCUUACUUGAGAUUUUUCAACGGCACCUACGACUUCAAAUACCCAAUGUCGGAGCUGGCGCAGCUAGUACCAGACCUUGACGGCGUGGAGGUCAUCAUCACAGCAUCUGUGGGCGACCCUUUCCUGGAUGAGGUCAUCGAGGGCUACAGCAUCGCGAGGAUCUUCAACUCCUCGCUGCAGGUGUCAGUUUUGGGAGGCACGCCGCAGGUCUUCAAGCCGUCCAUGCCUUUUGAUGUCUACAUGGUGGUGUCAUAUCACGACGGCUCGCCGCUGCCUCCAUGGCAAGCUGCCGGCGUAUCACUAGUGGUGAAUCUUCAAGUCGAGGGUCGCGGAGGCAACGUAGAGCCACAGUACCCCACGCUAGUAGCGGGACACGAGGCUGUAUGGCAUCUGCGACUGGACUUGUACAAGCUGCUCAAGUUGGAGCGCGACCCGAACUACCGCGACGUGCUGAACAGCAUCACGGGCGUGCGACUGAGCGCGCAAUUAGCGGACGCGCGCGGCCAGCACGCCGCGGCCGACGCGCACUUCGUGGCGCACUACAGCGCGCGCGACCAGCACCUGCGCAUUUCCACCUCCACCACCGACGCCAGGGUCGGCGAGUACAUAAUAUUCCACGUGCAAAGCAACUUCUACAUGGAAACUUUCAACUAUGUGGUGAUGUCCAAAGGCAUCAUUUUGACGACGGCGCAAGAGAUCAUGCAGGACGGCGUACGCACGUUCGCCGUGACGGUGUCGGCGGAGAUGGCGCCGGUGGCGACGGUGGUGGCGUGGAGCGCGGACCGCCGCCGCCACGUCAUCGCCGACUCGCUCACCUUCCCCGUCAACGGCAUCUCCCGCAACAACUUCACAGUGUACGUGAACAACCGCAAGCACCGCACAGGCGAGCGGGUGGAAGUGGCAGUGUACGGCGAGCCCGGCGCGUACGUCGGGCUGUCGGCCAUCGACGACGCCUUCUUCACCAUGCAGGCCGGCAACGAGCUCACCUACGCCAAGGUUAUCUCCAAGAUGGCGCACUUCGACGAGGCCACUAAUGGCACGUUCGCGUACACGUGGCGCUCGCACUUCGGCGACGCGGACGAGCUGGUGUACUUCCCUGCCUCCACCUUCGGCGUGGACGCCAACCGCACCUUCGAAUACGCAGGCCUAGUAGUAUUCAGUGACGUGGCAGUCCCGCGACGGCCGUCGGCCUGCAACGCCACCGCGGGUUUCCUCGAGUGCUUAGAAGGCGGCUGCUUCCACCAGUCCUCGCGCUGCGACGGGAAGGUCGACUGUAGCGACCGCACUGAUGAAUCUAACUGCCAGCACGACGACUGGUUCGAGCUGAGCCACUUCCGUCAGUUCCGCUUCAACCGCGUGCAGCGCCAGUACGACAACGUGUGGCUGUGGCGCGACAUCAACAUCGGCCCGCACGGCCGCACCGUGCUCACCGUCGACGUGCCGCAGGUUCCUGCUCACUGGACUAUAUCCGCGUUUAGUAUGUCACCGACAUUGGGAUUGGGCAUGUUACACACACCUAUUCGCUACUCGGGCGUGUUACCAUUCUUCAUCAAGGUAGAAGGCCCCGACGAGUGCAGACAGGGCGAGCAACUAGGUUUGCGAGUGGUGGUGUUCAACUACCAGCCGCAAGCUAUAGAAGCCGUCGUGGUGUUGGCUGCAUCUAGCGACUACAAGUUCGUGCACGUUGAGGAGAAUGGCAUUGUGCGCUCCUACAACCCGCGCACGUCAUUCGGCGAGCACCAGUUCUUCGUGUGGAUAGCGGCGGGCGACGCGGCCACCGUGCACGUGCCCGUGGUUGCCACGCGCUUGGGCCGCGUGCGCGUGCGCCUGCACGCCUCCACGCUCAUGGGCCAGCACCACUACACCAAGACAAUCAACGUGCUGGCGGACGGCCUCCCACAACACCGGCACCAGUCCAUCCUCCUGGACCUGUCGAACCGCGCCUACGUGUUCCAAUACAUGCACAUCAACGUCACGGAAACGCCCGUCAUCCCGUACGAGGUCGACCGCUACUACGUAUUCGGGUCGAACCGAGCGCGUGUGUCCAUUGUCGGAGAUGUGGUGGGCCCGCUGUUCCCUACCAUGCCUGUGAAUGCCUCCAGUCUACUGAAGCUGCCCAUGGACUCGGCCGAACAGAACAUGUUCAGUUUCGCAGCGAACAUGUACCUGACGCUAUACAUGCGGCUCAUCAACCAGCGCAACCGCACGCUGGAACACGACGCGUUCUACCACAUGAACAUCCUCUACCAGCGCCAGCUGUCCUUCAUGAAGCCUGAUGGCUCCUUCAGCCUGUUCCGCAGCGACUGGAAUCAAUCAGCAUCAAGCGUCUGGCUGACGUCAUUCUGCGCGAAGAUCUUCCAAGACGCCAGCUUCAACGAAUGGGAGAACUUCAUCUACAUUGAUCCGAAUGUGAUUUCCUUGGCCGUGGACUGGGUGCUACAACACCAGCUGCCGCACGGAGCCUUCUACGAGGUGACGUGGCUGCCGUCACGCAACGACAACUCCACGCUGCACGUGCCUGCCGCUGAGCCCGUCGCCGCUCAGCUGCUGGCCGACCCCAACAACCCCGCUGUGCUGGUAAAUAAUACGGUGAUAUCGCAGCGUAACAUUACGCUGACGGCCCAAGUUGUGAUCACGCUGGAAACGGUCAAGAAUCUCAAGGACAUUGGAAUACGAGAGGGUCUAAGCGCGCGCGUGGUGCAAGCCCAACAGCGCGCCAUCUCAUACCUGGAGAAGCAGCUACGUCUACUAGACGAGUUCGGCGAGCCCUACGCUUUAGCGCUUGUUGCGCACGCGCUCACGUUCUCCAAGGCGCCCAGCUCGGAACACGCAUAUCGCUUGCUCAAGCGCCGCCAGCGAGCAGAAGGUGGGCUCGUAUACUGGGGUCGCGAGCCAGUGCCGCCGCCUCCCUACAAAAUGGAGAACCAGAAGCCUUUCCUCCUGCCUCGUCUGCCCUACAAGUACGACUCCAACAACAUUGCGGCCACGGCGUACGCGCUUCUGGCCUGCAUGGACCACCAGGACAACAACGAAGCCAUCGUCAUGUGGCUCAACGCGCAGCGGCUACACGACGGCGGCUGGGCCUCCACACAGGACACAUACAUAGCUCUCCGAGCACUGAUCGAGUACACGAACCGGAAGCGGCUGCGUGACGUCAGCGCAUUAGCUCUGACCAUCGACGCGGUGGCGCUCAACGGCUCCUCGCGGGUGCUGCACAUCGACAACAACAACCUGGCCGUCAUGCAGAGCGUCGAUAUUCCCGAAGCCUGGGGUACAGUGAAAGUGACGGCGCGCGGCGCGGGCUACGCCAUCCUUCAAAUGAGCGUGCAAUAUAACGUGGACGUGGCGCGCUUCCAGACCGACCCGCCUGUGCGUGCGUUCCACCUCGCGCACCAGCCAUUGCGCUACUACGGACGGAAUCAGUCGCACAUCGAGAUGCAGUCUUGCGCCAGGUAAGUUUCUGCAGUUGCCA